CUGUACCAAUACCCAAAGGAGCUGGUCCACAGAGUCUUCAGACAUUACCAGACAGAAACCUUCCCUUUGACUUCUGCACUUCUCUCUUUCAAAUAACAGCGAUUUUUCGGGAUUAUUCAGUGAUUUUUUCAGAGGACAAGGCUGAAAGUGUUGAGUGGAUUUUAUCAACGACAAGUUGAGAAUUUACUUAAAGUAAUCUCUUGUUCCCCUUCUUUGCCGUCAAGAAACUGAUGAGUAUGUCGUCUGCAACGAUUUUCUGCGUUUUAUCAAUCUUCUUUGCCACCAUUUACAUAGUCCACGGGGGCGUUAUAAGUCAAAGGCAGGAUCCACGAUCUUAUCACGCUCAAAAUUCACCAGACAACAAAUUGGAGGUGAAAAAGCGACCCUUCUGCAAUGCAUUCACAGGAUGCGGAAAGAAACGCUCCGGUUCCACUGGCCCUCUGCUCUCGCCCAUAUCUUCGCGACACUUGGACAACCUCAAUGACGACGACCAGCCGGACAACAGCUACUUCGACGACAAUCUCGCCACUCUUCUCGAUCUGAACUCCGAACCAGCCGUGGAGGAUCUCAUGAGGCAAAUCAUGUCCGAAGCCAAACUCUGGGAAGCCAUUCAGGAAGCCAGCCGAGAGAUUCAUCUGCACAAGAGUGGACGCUCAAUGUCCAACAACCAAUUCCCUGUGGCUUUCAGUGCCCAGUAAGGCUUC